UUUGUUUGUCCCACUGCGGCUGCUGUGUCAGCGUGUCGUCUCCUCGCUCAAACGAGCACACGCACCGCCGCCGCCUCAAACUGCGAUCGAAACUCUAACCCUAGGCCAGGUUCCCCUUCGUGCUCGGCGGCGAUGGCGUCUUUCUCAGAGGCGCCCCCGGGGAACCCCGCGGCCGGCGAGAAGAUCUUCAAGACCAAGUGCGCGCAGUGCCACACCGUCGACAAGGGCGCCGGCCACAAGCAAGGGCCUAACUUGAAUGGUCUGUUUGGGAGGCAGUCUGGUACAACUCCUGGUUACUCUUACUCCUCGGCUAACAAGAACAUGGCUGUGAUUUGGGAGGAGAACACUUUGUAUGACUACCUGCUUAAUCCUAAGAAGUACAUUCCUGGAACCAAGAUGGUGUUCCCUGGACUGAAAAAGCCACAGGAACGUGCUGAUCUCAUUGCGUACCUGAAGAAUGCCACCGCUUGACGAGAGGGGACUGAUGUGGCCCUAAGAUGAAGUGCGGCGAUUCUUUUUGCAGUUAAAAUAAUGAUACAAAUUUACUUUAACUUGACAGGUUGCGUGAAUGAGAAAGUUAAGGACUACAAGUAGUUCUAAUGGUUUUAUUUGUUGGGAAAAAAAUCGGAAGAGCUUUUUAUUCAGUGGUUGAAAUGUCAGACCACCAUAAUUCUUUUGACCUGAUAAUCAUUCAAACGCCCCAUUUGGGAAGGUUAAAGAUACCUAUAUUAUGUAUUCAUGUCCGUUUCUCAUUUGCUGUC